AUGUCAGAUGAAAUAAUGGAUAAUGUUGAACAGGAAAUGUAUACUGGAAGUCGAGAAUUAGAAGAAACUGAAUCUGUUACACCUGGUGUGAAUCCAUUAAAUAAUCAAUCUCCUAACGUAGGGAGAGAAAGAAAUACCUCACAAGUGUUAAGAGAUAUAACUGAUGCAUUACAGCAUAUAGUGAGAGCUAUACUUGCUACUACAUCUGUACCUACUGUCAGACAAGCCCCGAUUAAAGAGCUACAAAAAUAUGGUGCCACGGAAUUUCAGGGAUUAAAAGGAGUUGAUCCAUCCGUUGCUGAAAAUUGGAUAGAAACAACAAAAAGAGUUUUGCAACAAUUAGACUGCACCCCCCGAGAGAGUCUGAUAUGUGCUGUAUCACUAUUACAAGAAAAAGCGUAUCUCUGGUGGGAAUCUGUGGUUAGACAUUUGCCGGAUGAUCAGGUAACUUGGGACUUAUUUCAAAAAGAAUUUCAGAAGAAGUAUAUUGGGGAAUUGUACAUCGAAGAGAAAAAGCAAAAGUUUUUAGUGUUGAAACAGGGGAAUAUGUCAGUACUGGAUUAUGAGCGAGAGUUCUCUAGAUUGAGCAAGUAUGCUUUAGAAUAUGUUCCAACCGAGGCUGAUAGUUGUAAACAAUUUCUAAGGGGACUGCGAGACGAAAUCAAAAUUCAAUUAGUAAGUCUCAGAAUUACUGAACUUGUUGAUCUGGUUGAGCGAGCGAAAAUGAUAUAA